AUGUUCUCUUCAAUUAUCAAGAAAUCUUUUGUUUUACAUCAACGUAACUAUAUCUUACGUAAUGGUGUUCGUUCACUCUCAACUUUGGCACCAAAGGAGGUAACAAUUCGUGAAGCAAUUAACAGUGCUUUGGAUGAAGAGAUUGCACGUGACGAACGUGUCUUCUUGAUGGGUGAGGAAGUUGGACAAUACAAUGGUGCAUACAAGAUUUCAAAGGGACUUUUUGAAAAGUACGGACCAAAGAGAAUCGUUGAUACACCUAUCACAGAGAUGGGAUUUGCUGGUAUUGGUGUAGGAGCAGCCCUCGCCGGUCUCAGACCAGUAGUAGAGUUUAUGACAUGGAACUUUGCCAUGCAAGGUAUUGAUCAUAUCGUCAACUCAUCUGCCAAGACUCACUAUAUGUCUGGUGGUACUGUAUAUAAUCCAAUCGUUUGGAGAGGUCCAAAUGGUCCACCCACUUCAGUUGGUGCACAACAUUCACAAUGUUUUGCUGCUUGGUAUUCAAGUGUACCAGGUUGCAAAGUUAUUGUACCAUGGAGUGCUGAAGAUCACAGAGGUUUAUUAAAGGCAGCAAUUCGUGAUGAUAAUCCAGUCGUCUGUUUGGAAUCAGAACUCUUAUACAACUACAAGUUCACUCUCUCACCAGAGGCACAAGAUAAAGACUUUGUUCUCCCAAUCGGUAAGGCAAAGGUCGAAAGAGAAGGUACUGAUGUUACUCUCGUCAGUUUUUCAAGAGCUGUUUCCAUCUGUAUGGAUGCCGCUGCUGAGCUUGCCAAAGAAGGUAUCAGCUGUGAAGUUAUCAAUUUACGUUCAGUUCGUCCAUUGGAUACUGAAACCCUCGUUAAAUCACUCAUGAAGACUAACAGAAUGGUUACCGUUGAGGAAGGUUGGGCACAAUCUGGUGUUGGUGCCGAAAUUGCUGCUCAAAUGGUUGAAAGAUUAUCAAUCCUUAUUUGUAAUUGUUUAACAUAUGAGAUUCAAACACAUUCUCUAUUAUUCAUAUAG